GUCAGAGGGCAUGUGUCUUAGUAAAUAACCUCAGAAGUAAUGCACUCUAAUACUUUUUAUCUUGUAUUUGCACAAUGAUAUUUCUGUUUGCUGGCGUCGUCCCUCAUUUCACCACAGUCUUUUGUUAAUUGUAACAUUUCAUGAUUAACAUGCUCUUUAUAAAUAGUAUUUUAAUUAGUAAUUAGUGUUUUUCGUGUUGCGAAAUGGAAUUCGGAUCGUACGACAAGGAUUUCAUGGAAAAUGAUGUGGUGAUAAGAAUACAAGAUUUGAAAGUAUGGACACCCGAGGAAAAGUCUUGGUGGAGACGAAAACCAAGUAAACCGCAAAAUGUUAUACUUAACAAUGUUACAGGAAGUAUAAAAAGAAGCGAAUUUGCCGCUGUCAUUGGACCAAGUGGCGCAGGAAAAACAACAUUCUUAGUAUCUUUAGCGGGGAAAUGUACGCUACCAUCGGAGGGUUCAGUGACCCUUUGUGGGCAAAAUGUCAAGGCGUGUCCCGGAGCUGUGGAGAUUGCACCACAGCAUGAGUCUUUCAUGGAUGGGCUCAGCGUAAUGGAGCAUUUGGUAUUCAUGACAGAAAUGAAACUUGGCAGCUGUAAAGACCUGAGGAUCAAGGCCACACUGAAUAGUUUAAUUGAGGAGUUCAAGAUGAAGCCUCAUGUCAACACGCCUGUUGGAGGACUGUCUGGAGGGGAGAGGAGAUUGCUGUCCCUCGCUACUACGUUUCUAUCAAACCCACAAAUACUAAUCUGUGAUGAGCCGACUACAGGACUAGACAGUUACAAUGCCCUCCUUGUGAUAGGAGUCCUGAAGAAACUCUCAGCAUCAGGCAGGAUCGUCAUCUGCUCCGUCCAUCAGCCUUCUUGUGACCUGUUUAAGGAGUUCAACUCUAUACUCUUAAUGGCUGAAGGAAGACUGCUGUUCCAUGGGUCACAGGAGGAGUGCAAAAAUGUUUUUGAAAGUAUAGGUUUGCUGUGUCCACUGAACUACAAUCCAGCGGAAUUCUACAUUAGAGCAGUCAGCUCCAGUAGUAACGUCCAUAGACUUGUGGAAAUUUCCCCAAACCGGUCGGAGUAUCACGGAACUGGCUCCGUGCGACCCGAUUUGGUCCAUAACUAUAAUAGGCCUGUCCAAAGGAAUUGGUUCAAACAAGUACACCUAUUGUUAUGGAGACUCUCAUUAUCCCUGAAAAGGGAAAUCAAAAACCAAAUUAUACAAUUAUUUAUAACUGUGGUAAUAACGUCAAUGGUCCUUGGAGUAGCAUACGUGGGAGCCACAGGCACAACCCAGCGUGGAGUUCAGGAGAUACGCGGCUUCCUCUGGCUCCUCACCAGCGAAGUGUCCUUCGGAGUAUCAUACAGCGCCCUCUAUGCUUUUGAGUACGAAAUAUCGCUGUUCAAAAGAGAAGUCGGCGUUUAUAAGUGUUCUGCGUACUUUGUGUCGCGAUUUUUAAGUUUUAUCCCACGCUGUAUAAUAUGGCCUGUCGUCCUGGUCUCAAUCUCGUCUCUCGCAGUGGAUCUGCCCAACCACGUGAUCACGACUUUGGAGUUCAUUGCUCUACUUAUUCUGAGUGCGAUCCCAGCUGUUGCUUAUGGUCUCGGCAUGGCAGCACUGUUCACAUCAACUGGCAUUAUAGGCGACGUGAUGCCAUGCGUCGAUCUUCCCCUGUUCCUCAUGUCAGGAGCGUUUCUGCGGAUAUCUUCGUUACCUCCUUGGAUGUUCCCCGUCAAGUACAUAUCGCAUUUCUACUACACUAUGGAUGCGAUCAGCAAUGUGUAUUGGAGACAAAUUGAUUAUAUAGAUUGCCCAACGAAUGAGACUUCGGCCUGUGUCAAAGAUGGCGCUACAGUGCUACUAGAAAAUGGAUACGUUAACAACUUUAUACUACAAGACUCUUUAGGAUUUGUCCUAAUUACUCUCAUCUGGUGCUUACUAGGAUACAUAGGGCUGAAGAGAGAGGAAAAGAAAGGCUAUGCUUAUUAGAAUAAGG